AUGGCUCUGAACCAUGUGCUGUCGGAGCAGGAGAAGCAACAGCGGUGGCGGUGGCGCGCCGCCUUCGAGGACCCCCACAUGGAGCUGGCAGCACCUGAGUCCUGGAGCGAAGUGGAGGAGGCGCUCUUCCUCCACUUUCCGCAAAACUGGUUCCACCACGGCGACGCUGACCGUCUUAUUGAUGGGAAGACUUGGCACGGCAAGCAGUACUGGAAGUGGAUCGGCUUGGGCCGGGAGGAUCUUGCGCAGCGGCUGUCGCAGCUGGUGCUCGGCAGCCCUUUGGGAGAUCACAAGGCUUGCGCGCUGGCAGCUCUGGUGGCCUCACUUGGAGCCUUGCGGCUCAGCGGCUGCUUGCUGUUGCUCCUUCCCUCCUGCGAGCUGCGGCGCUGCGCUGCGUUGGUCAGCCGCCUCUUUGAGCAGACUCAGCUGUGUGCAGCGGGCCCCAACCAGGUCUUUCUGGUGGGCCUACGGUUUCAAGGCCUUCACCCCAAUUUGCUGAAAGAGCUCAACGCAGCCAUCAGCAAGGAUUUCGCAGGCCACGCCACGUUGGACGCCUGGGUGGCGGAUGCGGGGCGGCAGCUGCCAGGCAACUCCGCUUGGCGCCGGCUGCCGGAAGACUUGCCAAGGAUCUCGGCGAUGCCUUUGCAGCGACACUUGCUUUGGGGCAAAUGCCGGGAGCAUCUCCUUCAGGAGCUUGCCCAAGGCGACGCGUCGCGUCCGGCAAAGCGCCGGCGUCUAGAAGAUCUAGGCUGGUGGCAGCUGGAUCGGACCUGCCCCGAUCACCGGGCUAUGGCGCAAUGCCUCGAGGGCGGUGCUGCCCUGAGUUCCAACUGGCAGGAAAUCCGACUUCCGCCCUCCAUGUUGCAGCACACGGCCUUCGCAGACUCGACGCCAGCUGCCAAUCUUCCGGCGCAGCAGUUGCAGCCUGAGCGGCCGCCGGCAGUGCUGGUGGCCCUCGUGCGACUCUUGAAGAAAUGGCUCCCCGAGCGACUGGCCGAAGGCGGCCUGUCUUACCAGCGCUGCUUAUGCAUUCCGGGUUCGGCCAGCCACUGGCUUUCAACCGAGAUGCUGGUGCCAGCCGUUGCCUUGGUUCCAGAAGAUCCGGGCGCCGCAGUGCCGCAAGGCCAGCAGUUGGUCUUGCUGGAGCUUUGCCCUGGAGAUGAGCUGAGUCCUACAUGGCGUCGAGAUACGGCAGCGGCCGUGUCAGUUGCGUUGCGAGCCCUUGCCCCAGGUGGCGACUUGUUCCUCGAGCUGCCUGGGCUCCUGUCCCGGUUCACGGCUCACGUGGCGGCUCUGCUUGCCUGCUGCUUCACACGCGUGGCGGCCGAGGGCCGCUGGCUGAUGUGCCACUCUUUGGCUGCUGAAGCAGGAGCCCAAGGGGCCGCCGUGAUGACGGCGCUGUGGGCGAAGCUCGCAGCGCUACCCCCGGGGCAUUCAGUGAAGCAGGUGCUGCCUGCAAGACUCCUCGGCCGCGAUAGCAGCUUUCGGAGGUAUUUGACAGACUUCAACAACGCAAUGAUCAAUGCCAAGUCGCAUGGCGAGCCUCCCCACAACGCCACGGAAGCAGGCUUCCUGCGUGAGCUCACGCAGCAGGGCAUCAAGCGGCACCUCUUCGUCGGAGAGAAGCACCGAGCGCUGGUCGGCCUCUACUUCGGGACGUUUGACCCUUUGCACGAGAACCACUUCCGCCUGGUGCUCUGUGCCCUGAGAAAAUGCGGAGCACGACGCGUAGUGCUUGUGCCAAAUCAGGGCGGCAACCCAUACAAGCCCAGCUGUUCGUCCUUGGCUGCGCGCAUUGCUGCCAUCCAGGAGCGCAUCGCUGCGGCGGAAAGCUGCGGAGAUCUGUCACCAGGAGAAGUUGUGGUGCGCGAGGAGGCUGGUGCCAACAACUGGCCACAGCGUGAGAAGGUGGCGCAGGCGGUGGAAAGAGAGGAGUUCGCAGACACGGAGGCAUCCGCCGUGGUCGCCUUGCUGCUGGGAGAGGACUCCUUCAGGAAGUCCCUGAGUCAGGCGGAGGGCAAGCACAAGAACACGGGCAUUUUCCAGCUGCAGAACAAGCCCCGGCGCCUCAUCGUCUUCCCCCGUGAGAACCGGCCCGGUCUGUCGCUGGUGCCUGAGAAGCUGAGUGCUCGCGUGGAGGUGGCGCCCUACCGCGACCUGGUGGAGGGUCUCAGCUCUUCGCAGAUCCGGCAACUGCUGCACUCGGGGGAGGCCCCAGACGAGGCAGCGGUGCACCCUGUGGUGUGGGCACGCUUCAAGGCCCACGCGAGCCGAGAGGUCGGCGCUGUCACCCAGGACUCCCCAGAAUGGAGCGACGAGGAGAUGGAGGAGGAUGCGGGACAAGGAUGGAAGGAUCCCGAGUCCCACUACGACGCGCAAGCGCCGCAGUCGCGGGCUCGACGAUUGCAGUCCCCCACGGUGCGCCUCCGGAACUGCAACUCCUUGGCCAAGGCGGUCCUGCUGGAGCAGUUUCUGUCAGCUGUAUCCCGGGAGGCAGGGGAUGACCAUCCCCCCUUGUCCGUUCUGGAUCUGGGCUGUGGCAAAGGCGGAGACCUGAAGAAGCUGGUGAACUCAGGUGCCACCAACUACUGCGGCGUGGAUGUGUCGAAGGCCUCGCUGGAGGUCUUAGUCUCACGAGUACAAGACCUGCAGAGCAUCUUGCCCGCGGCCCGGCACGGGCUGUUGGCAACCUCCCGGGAGCCGCUGAGAGAGGUCUCCCUGAUCCACGCAGAUUGCUGGCACACCCGGCUGGAGCACCAGUGGGAUACUGCAAGGCAUGGCACUGCGCGAUCGCCUUCGGGCCAAUGCUGGUUCCACCUUGUGAGCUCCCAAAUGGCGUGCCAUUAUGCCUUUGGCACGCAGGAGUCGGUGGAGAUCAUGCUGGAAAAUGCUGCCAGCCGGCUGUGCGCGGGUGGGUACUUUGUCGGCACAGUGCCUGAUGCCGCGAGGAUCAUUGAGUCGAAGGGGAAGGGAUCGGGCGAGCUGCUGGGGGUGACUUUCACAGCAGAGGAGUGGUCCAAGGUGGAAGCGGCACCCGAGCUUUGGCGCCAGAGUUCCGACGCCGGCCUCGCCGUGGACCCACGGGCCUUCGGGGUGAUGUACACGUUUCGCCUUGUGGACGCUGUGGACGAUUGCCGGGAGCCGCUGGUGCACAUGCCCUCCAUGGUGGCCAUGGCGCGCCGCCAGGGCCUGCAGCUUCGGCUGCUGACGCCGCUGUACCAGCUCGCGCAGGGGGACAAAGCCGCCCUGGGCCGGCUGCGGCGGAUCUAUGCCUUCUCAGGUGGCAUGGCUUUGGAGUCAGAGGCUCCAGAGAUGCAGGACGCCAUGAAGUUCUAUUUGGCCUUUGCCUUUCAGAAGGAGGCGGGAGAGACGCCGAGCUGCCGGGAGAUCUCGGAGAGUCUGCGUGAGCUGAACGGCGGAACACCGCCUCGGCAAGGUGAGAUCCUGAGCCUGCGAACAGCCGACUGUGAUCCGAAAAACCGGCCCGACGGAGUCGGACACAGUUCCUAG